AUGGCUAAAAGUUCUCGAUCGAGUAGCAAGAAAUUCAACAACCAGCGCAAGGCCGCUUCCAUCUUCGGCCCGGCUGAGACUGCCAGACAAGAGCGUCUCUCGGCCAAGCUGCUGGAGUUGGCAAAGCAGGCCAAACCCGAGCCCGCAGAGAUGAAGAUUGAUGAUGGCAACAAUGCACUCGAAAAGGAAGAGCAGGCUGGCGCAGACGAGAACUCCAUGGACGUCGACGCAAAGAAGCCCAACAGACCCUUUAGCGUCAAGAAGGGCAUCAACAAGAAGAGGAAGAAGUCGGGCAUUGUGUUCCCCAAGUACAGCGACAGACUGAGGAAGACUGCUCGAAAUGCACCAAAGAAGGCGUAA